GCCCGGAGUAGCCCGCGAGCCCGGACAUGAGGACAGUUCCAGACCCAGUAAGUCCUACGCCACCAUGUCGGUCUGGAUACUACCGAGUAAAUAACUUAAGCGUAAUGGUAGACGAUGUGGUCGGCAGUUGGAUACUCACCGGACUAAACGCAGAGACCGUUAUUCCACGAUGGAAGUAGCAAGUCAGAAUAAUGCUGUUGCGGAGCUGUUCCCGCACGGAUGCUGGGAUGCACAUCACCAUAUCUUCGAUCGGUUGCACGGCUUAGCUGCACAAUUUGCCUACUCCCCCGACCGUCAUUUGACGCCUCCACCGGCGACCAUUGAGCAAUUCAUCCACUUCAAGAAGAGUUUGGGUAUUACCCAUUCGGUGUUGACUCAUGGCCUAUCGUAUGGAGCCAAUGUAGAGUCAUUGAAAAGCUUCGUCAAGCUGCUCGGCCAGUCUUCCACGAAGGGAAUUGGAGUCAUUGAUCCUGAGACAGUCACCCGGGAGGAGCUCCAGGAAAUGCACAAUGCAGGCAUCCGGGGCAUUCGGGUCAAUGUCUACAAGUACAAGGCUAUGCAUGAUGCCGAGCUACAGAAGGUCGCUCUGCGGGAACACGCCCGCAUGAUUGGGAAGCACUGUCCCGGGUGGACCAUGGCGUUCACACAAACUCAUCCAGAGUUCUGGAAGGAGCUGAGACCAGUCAUAGAACACGAGAUCAGGCCGGCAGGGAUUCGUUUGAUUACCGAUCACUUUGCUUUACUAAAAGGUCCAAGCAUGCUUCCACCCGAGUGUGAGGGAGAUGUAACCCGACAAGUGGGAUUUGAAGACAUCAUGGACUUAGUGCGCAAGGGUCAUUUGUAUGUCAAACUCAGCGCGCCGUACCGCGUGAGCAAUGAAGCACCGUUCUACGACGACCUGCAGCCAUUAGUCCGAGCGUAUAUCGAUGCGAAUCCGAAACAGGUCCUUUGGGGGAGUGACUGGCCGCACACGCCACGUAUGAAGGUCCGUACGUAUGACGAGGCGAUGAAAGAAACCCCUUUCCUUGAGGUGGAUGAUCAUGCAUGGUUGAAAAGUCUACGGUCGUGGCUGUCAGAGGACGAAUGGCAUACCCUGAUGGUAGAGACGCCAAAGGCGCUGUAUGAUUGGUAG